CUCAUACUUUAUUGGACAUUCGAAAAGCAGAGGCUUCUCCCAUCUCUCGGAUUCUCAAUCUGUCCUAUACUGGCCGAGAUAUUAAACCAUCUGUUCUUUCUGGAAAUUUUCUGGGUUUUCUCUUAAAUCUUGAUUCUUGGAGUUCAAGAUUCUUUCUUUUUUAAGGAAUUGGGGAAAUGGAAGGGUGUGUGGCACAUCAUGAUCAUGAUCUGAACCUCAAAGACACGGAGCUCAGGCUUGGGUUGCCUGGCACAGAAGAAUGUGUUAGGGAAUUGGUGUCAAGUGCCAACAAGAACAAGAAGAGAGCUUUACCUGAACCAACGGAAGAAGACUGUGAAUCAAGAUCUGACUGUGAUGCCCACUCCUCAAUACCUGUUUCCAAGGCUCAGAUAAUUGGGUGGCCACCAGUGAGAGCUUACAGGAAGAACAGUGGGCAGCAGCCAAAGAAUGGAGAUGAGGGCUGUGAUAGUGCAAUGUAUGUGAAAGUCAGCAUGGAUGGAGCCCCUUACCUCAGGAAAAUUGACCUGAAAAUGUAUGAAAGCUAUCCACAAUUGUUAAGAGGUCUGGAGAACAUGUUCACACUCACCAUAGGUGACUACUCUGAGAGAGAAGGCUACAAAGGAUCAGAAUAUGCCCCUGCUUAUGAAGACAAAGAUGGUGAUCUGAUGCUUGUUGGAGAUGUCCCUUGGGAAAUGUUCUUGUCAUCAUGCAAAAGGCUAAGAAUAAUGAAAGGGCAAGAAGCAAGAGGACUGGGCUGUGGAGUUUGAGAAAUAUGAUGGCACACUCCAAGCAAUCCAAAUGCAGCUAAACUAUCAAUCUGUAGAAAACAGCAUCUCUCUGCAGGGAAGAGAGAAUCUGCUAAAAUGGGUUCUCAUUAAAGAACCCUUCCUUAGUCAUAAUACUUUUUUGUUUUUGUUUUCAUGUAUAACUACUAGCUGGAAAUCAUGGUGGUAUCAGGAUUCAGGACCACUUGGUGCUCUUGUUCUCGAUUUUGUGAAAUGAUAUAGAUAUAUAUAUAUAUAUACACACACAAACGGUGAGAAGGUUACUUCUGAAGCAAUUGUAUACCGAAACAAGUUUCUUAUUUUACUUUGGCUCAUUAGUUUUUUGCUAUUUCUCCAUUACGCUUUGUACAAUAUUGUCUCAACCUGAAUAUAUGUUGAUUGAGCAAAAAUGGUUGUGCAUCUUCUAUAUGCCUCUUUUUCUCAGUUUGAGAUGCCAAUAAGAUGUCUGUAAAUAUGAAUUGAAGCCUAAUUAUCUAUACUUUAAUAGUU